AAGUAUAUAAACCCAAGCUAUACCUUUGUGAAUUAUAAUCAAAUCAUUUGCAUUUGCUAUCUUGCAACCCCACAAGCCCCACGUCCUAGCCAUGGAGGUGAAAAUAAUGAGUUCAAGAAUCGUUAAACCUUUGAAUGAAGGCAACCAUUCCCCGAUAACAAACAGCAUUUCCCUUUCAGUCUUUGAUAAGAUCACUUAUGACACACACAUUGCUAUAAUUUACGCCUAUCGUCCGCCAACCCCACCGAAUGGAGCCAUAGAAGUAGGGCUGCAGAAGGCGUUGGCCGUUUAUCGAGAAUGGGCCGGCAGGCUGGGCAUAGAUGACAAUGGUGAACCUGCCAUACUUCUCAACGAUGAGGGUGUUAAGUUCAUUGAGGCUUAUGUUGAUAGCACUCUUGAUCAAGAAUUACCCUUCAAAUCUUCGCCAUCUUUGCUUAGCUUUCACCCUAGCUGGAAACCUAAGGUUUGCCCUUGGGUUCUUGAAGACGGCCAUGAAGAGAAAGACUCCUCUGAAGGAGUUAUUGAGCUGGUUCAAGUUCAACUCACAAGGUUCAAAUGUGGCUCGUUAGUUGUGGGCUUCACCGCUCACCACUUUGUCGCUGAUGGGAAUUCCACUAGCAAUUUCUUGGUUGCAUGGGGCCAAGCUUGUCGAGGAGUCGAAAUUAGUCCACUCCCCUUUCAUGAUCGUACCAUUUUCACCCCUAGGAACCCUCCGGUCUUCGAGUUUGAACAUAAAGGAGUCGAAUUUAUAUGUAAGAACUUCUCGAAAGCCCAUAAUUUCAAUCACAACAGUAUUGUCGACAACAUUGUGCUGCACAAAGUUCAUUAUACAGUGGAAUUUCUUGCAAAACUCAAGGUCAAGGCUUCUUCAACGAAAGGAAACAACAAUAUUAAACCAUUUAGCACAUUUGAAAGUCUUCUUGCACAUCUUUGGAGAGCCAUAACCAAAUCGCGCCGCCUCAGUGAACUUGAAACCACCCAUGUAAGAAUCUCGGUCGACGGCCGCCACCGACUGAACCCUAAAGUUCCAAACGAAUACGUUGGAAACUUGGUUCUUUGGGCAUUUCCGACUACCAAAGUGAAAACCCUUUUAGAAGAACCGUUAUCCUAUGCAGCAAAACUCAUUCAUGAUGCAAUAAAAAAGGUAAACAACAACUAUUUCAGAUCAUUUAUAGAUUUUGCAAACUAUAAGGUUAAAGAUGAAAAUCUCAUGACUAGUGCAGACAUUAAUAAGGAUGUGUAUUGCCCUAAUGUCGAGGUGGACAGCUGGUUAAGGUUUCCAUUUUAUGACCUUGAUUUUGGAGGAGGGUGCCCUUAUAUUUUCAUGCCAUCUUAUUAUCAAGCAGAGGGGGUGAUGCUCUUCUUGCCCUCUUAUACAGGGGAUGGUAGCAUCGAAGUUUACAUACCCCUAUUUGAGGAUAAUUUAGCCACCUUCAAGCAAGUUUGCUAUAAUAUGGACUAAAAAAAUUCAUCAUUAAACUGAUGUUCACAAGUAUUUAUAUGUUUUAGUAUCCCUUAAUUUUUCAUAGAACAAGGAUGUGAGUGUUGUUAUGGCUACGUUAUAAUUAAUUAUUAUCUGUUGUUGUAUAUUUCAUUUGGGAAAUUAAUUUUAUUUUUUUGCAAGAAUUAUUGUAUUGGUUAAUGUUCCACUUCGCUUAUUAGUGAUGGAACAACUAAGUUUUGUU